AUCACAAUGUCCUUAGGUUUGCGAUAAUAGGAGUUACUACUCGAGAAAACCGUAUUAACUAUCAUAAUGCUACGAAAAUUUUGGUCCGGAACACUAAAAAAUCUCAUUAGUAGCAAGUCCUUCCAUACCUCUGGGUCAGCUUCUGCAGGACAUUUGUUUACGCAUCGCGAUACACCCGAAAAUAAUGAUGCAACACCUUUUGAAUUUACGGCAGAAAAUGUGAAGAGAGCAAAGGACAUAGUCAGUAGAUAUCCCGUGGGACACGAAGCUGGAGCUUGUAUCCCAGUGUUGGAUUUAGCACAAAGGCAAAAUGAUAAUUGGUUACCUAUAUCGGCCAUGAACUAUGUAGCUGAAUUUUUAAACAUGCCUAAAAUGAGAGUCUAUGAAGUUGCCACAUUUUAUACAAUGUUCAACAGAAACCCCGUUGGAAAGUAUCAUGUACAAUUAUGUACAUGUACUCCUUGCUUAUUGGGAGGAACUGGAAGCGAUGUCAUUUUAGAGGCUAUUGAAAAAAAUCUUGGUAUUAAGCCAGGGGAAACGUCCACAGAUAAGUUAUUCACUCUUUCUGAAGUGGAAUGCCUUGGUGCUUGCGUCAACGCACCUAUGAUGCAAAUUAACGACGAUUAUUACGAAGAUUUAACUCCAGAGACAACAGAAAAGAUUUUGGAAGCUUGUAAAAGAGGAGAAAGAAUUGAGCCAGGGCCACAGGCUGUUGAUCGUUUCUCCUGUGAACCGGCUGGGGGCUUAACUUCUCUUUCCUCAAAGCCUACAGGACCCGGCUUUGGAUGUAGGCCUGAUCUAUAA